GCAGCUGGAUCAGAAGAUUGAAGCUAUUCCUCUGAGUCGAUCCAGCCGUGGAGGUGAUGGCAAGCCAAGCUUUUUGGCGUCGUUGAGCGCCAUCCUCGAGGCUACGACUUCACAGGCCUCCAAGCUGGUCGUGUCUCAGCAGGCGUUGAGAAGAAGCGUUAAGGUCCUCGAUGUCAAUCAGGCAGAGUCGCUUCAGCUACUGCACCAACAUCUCGUCGAC